GGAUCAAGCGAGUGCUGCAGUCUGUGAUCAGACUGACAGAUGGUUUUUGACAAAACAGAGAAUUCUGUCAGUGUCCAAUCGAUCAAGAAGUUCCGGUACAUAAUCAGAACUGGAAUUUAGAAAUAUCAAAAGUGGAUUCACAUUUGAAACAAUCAAGCAUUGCUGGUUUCUUCCAGGAUUUCAAAACUGACUGACAUAAAAUGGCCGAAAAAUCCGUGCUUCCGAACAAAUUGUCGGAAGGGCCUCAUGGCUUAGGUGAUCCGGACGAUAGGUCGUUACGAAAAGUAGAAAGGGACGUCAUGAUACCUAAACUAAUCAGAGAAAAAGCCAAAACCGAAAAGUGUAUUGCUGAGGUUGCAGAGUUUGAGAAAUGCUGUAAAGAAUCAGCUCUCUUGAUGGUUGUGAAGUGUCGAAGAGAAAAUUCAGUAAUGAAAGAUUGUCUUGGAAAUUGGUACCAAAAUGAUGAAUUUAAGCAGCAGUGUACAGAAGAGUAUUUAAAGCAAAGAAGUGAAUACAGAAGGACUGGCAUUAGAAAGCCUAUUAGAAGGGCUUAACUUAUGAACUGUUAUUAGAGUAUUAUGAAUGUUAGAUUUGUGUAAAUAUAAUAAAAAUCAAGUUAGUCAUCUUCAUUUAUUGC